AUGUGUGUUGAUGACGCUAUCUGAAGGGGCGGGGCGUGGACGCCAAUUGGACAGCUGCACCCAAACGAAUUCUAACGAUUGGCCGUUGGUACACUAACGCGUCAUUUACAUUAGAUACACUAGGAAUUGUUUAUACAUUUUGAGUUUCAAUUUUAUAAAAUGUAAAUAAAAAACAACCCCGACACUAUCAAACAACGUAUUGCUUGUAGAUGUUUUGGAAAAAGGAAAAAGUCAAAGAAGAAGAAAAAAGUUAAACAAUGAUUUCCCGGUUAACAGCAUAAGAACUUCCGGGGUGAAGGUCGCUCUCAGAAGAAGAAGAAGACGGCGGCAGUUUGAAAGAUGGCGGCGCACACACAGAAGAAUAACAAAAAUAACAAGCCCGGAGUAUCUGGUGGAAAAGAGGCUCAGCCUCUAAUAAUCGCCAAAACCCCGGCGGAGGAGCAGCGUCUGAAGCUGGAGCGGUUGAUGCGGAACCCGGAUAAGCCAGCUUCUAUCCCGGACCGACCGAAGGAAUGGAACCCGCGGGCUCCGCCGGAGUUCGUCCGAGACGUGAUGGGCUCCAGCGCCGGAGCGGGCAGCGGAGAGUUCCACGUCUACCGGCACCUCCGACGCAGAGAGUACCAGAGACAGGACUUUCUGGACAAGAUCGCAGACAAGCAGGACGAGGACCAGAACUACCUGGACAAAGUGGAGCAGAACAAACGGGCGGCCGACGACAGAACGGCGAAGCGCCGGAGGAAGCGGGAGAAGCUGAGGCAGAAGAAGGAGAUGGCGAAGAAAGCCAAAGUAGAGUCCAAGAACGAAGACGAUGCCGACAAGAGCUCGGGCAGCAGCGAUGACGGAAAGGAGGAAGAACGGGACAGAGAGGCGGACGAUGACGCAGAGGCUCCUAGCUUCAUCAUGGGGAGGAAAUGAUCAGACCCGGAUGCCCUGCCCGGGUCACAACGCACCCAAAGGAGACCCGUUGAGACACUUUAUUAUGUUAUCCAUGAUCUUCUCAUGUUUCACACAGCUGGCGUCUUCUGAGGCUCCUCGAGUUUGCCAAAAGUUAGGAUCAAGUGUUCAGACAUUUCAUCUGAAUUGGUUAUUGACUUGUAGGUAAUCCAAUGCAUUUGAAUUGGAUGCUUUUUUAAUUAAAUUGUAAAACUUUA